AGUUAUUUGCUUCAGGUUUGUGUUGGUUUACAAAAUUUAAUCCGACACGAUGGGUGUUCUUCCGUCUCAUCGUCCGCUUGCUUUCGGACUUACCCAACUAGGAAGAGCGACAAGUUGGCUGAGCUUCUGCCGAUUCAUAUUGCAUUCACCUGACGGAGGAAAACGAGCCGUGCAGUUGUGUUCCUUGGAGCCUCUGCACUUUUCCGGCUUUGUGACACCACUGCAGGAACGGUUUUCUUGCAUGUUCAGUUCUCAUUCGUCUCAUCGUCCGCUUGCUUUCGGACUUACCCAACUAGGAAGAGCGACAAGUUGGCUGAGCUUCUGCCGAUUCAUAUUGCAUUCACCUGACGGAGGAAAACGAGCCGUGCAGUUGUGUUCCUUGGAGCCUCUGCGCUUUUCCGGCUUUGUGACACCACUGCGGGAACGGUUUUCUUGCAUGGUUUUCGAAGACGUAGAUGCCGACUUGCUUCGGUUCGGCGAAAGAACCGGGAAGGAACUCUGGGCGCUCAGCCGAGAAUGCGAACGGAAUCAACCUUCACUCGUGCAGUUCGAUGCAUGGGGUCAACGUGAUGACCAAGUAAUUACGUGCAAUGCUUGGAAGGAACUUAAAGCCAUUGGAGCUGAGGAAGGCAUCGUGGGAUUAGCCUACCAGAGAAAGCAUGGUCAAUGGAGCCGAUUGCAUCAGAUCGCGAAAAUGUUCUUGUUCCAUCCGAGCUCAGCUUUUGUGACUUGUCCUUUCGCGAUGACGGAUGGAGCUGCGAAAACGAUUGAGGCACUGCAGUUGCGUGGCGUACCAGAAAUCAAGGAAGCGUUCUCCAGGCUGACGUCAAUGGAUCGAUCGAAUUUCUGGACGUCUGGACAGUGGAUGACAGAAAGAGGAGGUGGUUCUGAUGUAGCAAAUGGCACGGAAACCAUCGCCAUACAGCAACCCGGAGAUGGGACGAGGUUUAAACUCUACGGAUAUAAAUGGUUCUCGUCCGCGAUUGAUGCGGAUGUCACAUUCACAUUGGCCAGGAUACGUGAUGGGGAUGGCAACACUUCAGCCGGAACAAAGGGGUUGUCCAUGUUUUUCGCGAAGCUGAGAGAUGAAGAGGGAAGACUGAACAACAUGGAAGUGAUGAAACUGAAGAACAAAUUGGGAACGAAACAACUGCCGACGGCGGAGUUGCUGUUGGAUGGUCUGGACGCUAUUCUUGUUUCUGAACCAGGACAUGGAGUGGCCUCCAUCUCCCAAAUGCUCACGGUUACGCGUUUGCACUCGGCCAUCGGGGCUAUUUCGGCAGCAAGACGGCUGAUGCAGCUUUGCAGAGACUACAGCUGCCGCAGAAGCGCAUUCGGAAUGAUGAUCAAGGAUUCGCCCCUGCAUAUGCUCAAUUUGUCCUCGUUAGAAAUCCAAAUACGGGCUGGGGAAUUAUUCUUGCUUGACGUUUCAAGGUAUUUGGGUGCAGACGAUGUCGGCCUCUUGCAAAAGGACGAAUCUAUUCUUUUUCGGCUCCUGACUCCUGUACUGAAAGCAUUCUACGCCAAAACUAUGGUCAAUGUUUGUUGCGAACUGAUGGAAGCUUUCGGAGGUCAGGGGUACAUUGAAGACACUGGCAUUCCUUGCCUUGUCCGAGAUGCGCAGGUACAUUCUAUCUGGGAAGGGACGACGAAUGUUCUAUCACUUGACGUUCUCCGUGUACUGGCGAAGACGAAAGGAGAAGUCUUGCUUAUAUUUAAUGAAAGAAUUAAGCGGAUGACGCUCGACGUGAAGAACGCUGUCGAGAAACGUGGACUUUCCGAUUGUAGCGAAGCGUUGGUGACCGCCACGACGUCUCUUCUUAAGACCGCCGCUUCAACGAGUCUGGACCAAAUGUGCUUUGUUGUUGGAGCAAGCUACUUCAACGGAAGCUACUACAUUCGAUCAAGUGAGCGUAAAACGCUGGUGUGAUGAAGAACUGAAUCCUUUUGAGCGAAGUUCAAAACGAAACUUAUUUGGGAAGAAAACAUAUGAAAAAAAUGUCGACGGUUUGAUGGAAGGUUAUUGAUUUGGAAACCAAAUUUUAUCAUCUGCAUGAAUAUCUAUUUUAUCACCACACUUGAAAAUAAACCGAUUGCAAUAUUCA